CAAAAAAUUUCCAGAGGGUGUUUAGUUUAGUCACUCUCCACUGUGGAUCUCGUGAUGAAACCCUAAAAAAGUUUUAGCACCAGAAAGCUUCUUGACUCAGUCACUGAAGUUCGCCUCAGCAUUGGAUUCGUCCGCCACAUUCAUUGCUGCUGGAUGUGGAGCAGUCUGUCACAGACCAACAUUAACGCUCGUUGAUGUUUUCCUCCUGAUGAGCGGCGCGGCCCGUCCACCCUCUCUCCCCCCUGAGAGCCGCAGCCUCCCCCGUGUGCCAGAGGAGAGCAGUCGUUGCUCCCAGCGGAAGAUGGCGGUGGAGAUGCUGUCUGGCGCUGGAGCGGAGGGCUUCAGAGGCACAAGAGGCCAACUCGGAUGGAUUUAGAGGAGAGCGGGGAACGGAACUUAUUUCCAUGUCUUCGCCUCGAAGAAGUCUGGAGCAUUUCGGGACAUUUUUGACUCGCGUCUGCUGCCCCUUUCGCCGGCAGAAGCCCGGGCUUGUUCUUCUUGUCGGGGAUUCACAGACUGCACUCUGAGCUCUCAGACAGACGGGUGGGAGUAAAAAAAAAAAAAGUGGACGAAAAUGUCGGAUACAAAGGUAAAAGUUGCGGUGAGAGUUCGGCCCAUGAACCGCAGGGAGAUUGAAUUGAACACUAAAUGUGUCGUGGAUAUGGAGGACAACCAAACCGUCCUGCACCCUCCACCCUCCAACGCGAAAGGAGAGAACAGCAGGAAACAGUCUAAGGUGUUUGCUUUUGAUCACUGCUUCUGGUCCAUGGAUGAAUCCAACAUUCCCAAAUAUGCCGGUCAAGAGGUGGUGUACAAGUGCCUUGGAGAGGGAAUACUUGAAAAUGCAUUCCAGGGAUAUAAUGCCUGCAUUUUUGCCUAUGGACAGACAGGUUCAGGCAAGUCCUUUUCCAUGAUGGGUAAUGGAGAGCAUCCAGGUUUGAUCCCCCGACUGUGCUGCUGUUUGUUUGAGAGGGUCCACAAAGAGGCAAACGAGUCCCACACUUUCAAGGUAGAGGUGUCCUACAUGGAGAUCUACAAUGAAAAAGUCCGGGACCUGCUGGAUCCCAAAGGGAGCCGCCAGUCUUUGAAAGUCCGUGAGCACAAAGUCCUGGGUCCGUAUGUGGAUGGUCUGUCCCAGCUAGCUGUGACUAACUUUGAGGACAUCGAGGUGCUAAUGUCCGAGGGGAACAAAUCUCGCACAGUCGCAGCCACCAACAUGAACGAGGAAAGCAGCCGAUCGCACGCCGUCUUCAGCAUCAUCGUCACACAAACGCUCUUUGAUCUACAGUCUGGAAAUUCAGGGGAGAAAGUGAGUAAGAUGAGUUUGGUUGACCUGGCAGGAAGCGAACGCGUUUCCAAAACGGGAGCUGCUGGAGAGCGGCUCAAAGAAGGCAGCAAUAUAAACAAGUCUCUCACCACAUUAGGCUGUGUGAUCUCCGCUCUGGCUGACCAGUCUUCAGGAAAGGGGAAGCCCAAGUUUGUUCCUUACAGAGACUCAGUUCUCACGUGGCUUUUGAAGGACAACCUUGGAGGAAACAGUAAGACAGCAAUGAUAGCCACAGUGAGUCCAGCUGCUGAUAACUAUGAGGAGACGCUAUCGACGCUGCGUUACGCCGACAGAGCCAAGAGAAUUGUCAACCAUGCAGUUGUGAAUGAAGAUCCCAACGCUCGGAUCAUCAGAGAGCUCAGGGAGGAGGUGGAGAAACUCAGAGUCCAGCUCUCCCAGGCCGAGUCUAUGAAGGCUCCAGAGCUGAAGGACAGACUAGAAGAGUCUGAGAAACUCAUUCAGGAGAUGACGGUGACAUGGGAGGAGAAGCUGAGGAAAACAGAGGAGAUUGCCACCGAGCGGCAGAAGCAGCUGGAGAGCAUGGGCAUCUCCUUGGAAACCUCUGGAAUUAAAGUGGGGGAAGACAAGUGUUUCCUUGUGAAUCUGAAUGCUGAUCCUGCCCUGAAUGAGCUACUGGUUUACUACCUGAAGGAGCACACGCGUGUGGGUGCAGACACGUCUCAGGACAUCCAGCUCUUUGGGAUCGGGAUUCAGCCGGAGCAUUGCAUCCUGGAUCUCUGCCCAGAUGGUGAUGUCACUCUCACAUCCAUUGGGAAUGCCAGGACUUGUGUGAAUGGUGCCAUAAUUGAUUCCUCGGUGCACCUGUGGCACGGAGACCGUAUUUUGUGGGGAAACAAUCACUUUUUCAGGAUAAAUCUGCCCAGACGAAAGCGGCGGGACCGUUUGAAGGAGUUGGAGAGAGCAUCUCCCAGGGAGAGCUUUGUUGAGGCAGAUGUGGAGACAGCCAGCGAGGCCUCCUCUGAGCAAGACUACAGCUACGAGUUUGCCCAGAUGGAGGUCAUGAUGAAGACUCUUGGACACAAUGACCCCAUGCAGAAUGUGGCCCAAGUGUUGGAGAAGCAGUACCUGGAGGAGAAGAGGAUGGCUUUAGAGGAGCAAAGACUCAUGUAUGAGCGAGAGCUGGAGUCGCUACGGCAACAGCUCUCUCCUGAAAAGAUGCCGCAGCAUCAGCAUCAUCGCAGCAGCAGUGAGCGACUGACCUUCCCAACACACACACCGCAUGGCAAGAUGCCGGUGUGGACCGAGGAGAGGGAUGAGCUUUUUCGUCAGAGUCUGUCUCGGCUCAGAGAGCAGGUCGUCAAAGCCAACACUUUGGUGCGAGAAGCCAACUUUUUGGCUGAGGAGAUGAACAAACUCACAGACUAUCAGGUCACUCUUCAGAUUCCUGCUGCCAACCUCAGUGCCAACCGCAAGCGUGGAGCUAUGGUGAGCGAGCCAGCCAUUCAGGUGCGGAGGAAAGGGAAGGGGACCCAGGUCUGGACCAUUGAGAAACUAGAGAACAAGCUGAUAGACAUGAGAGACCACUACAGAGACUGGAAAGAAGGCACAGAAGAAAGGCAUUACAAAGGAAAUGGUAAACAGCCGGAUCCGUUCUAUGAGGCGCACGAGAACCACAACCUGAUCGGAGUGGCCAACAUUUUUCUCGAGUGCCUUUUCCAUGAUGUGAAGCUUCAGUAUGCUGUCCCCAUCAUCAGCCAACAGGGAGAGGUAGCUGGCAGGUUGCACGCUGAGCUGAUGCGAGUUAGUGGAGCCGUCCCUGAGCGCCUCUCUGGAGGAGAUGACUCAUCUGAGAACUCCAGUGAGAGCAGCUGCUAUGAGGUUAUGGACACCAAUGGAGAGAUCGUGGUCAUGGCCAAGAGGCUCACCUGCAGGGUGCGGAUCAGGGAGGCCACAGGGCUGCCGCUCAACCUUUCCAAUUUUGUCUUCUGUCAGUACACUUUCUGGGAUUAUGGCGAGCCCAUUGUGGUUCCUCCCAUGGUUAGCCCUGACAGACCCUCCCCUCUUAGUCCGGAUGCUCAGUUCACGGUCCAGUUUGAUCACUGCAAGGAUUACGUAGUGCCCGUAACAGAUGAGUUCUUAGAGUUUAUAUCAGAUGGAGCGCUGGCUAUAGAGGUGUGGGGCCACCGCUGUGCGGGGAAAGGACGCCCACUGUGGGAGCUGGAUGCACUGGAGGCUAAAACCCGGACCCUCAGAGACAGGUGGAGUGAAGUGUCCCGCAGAAUCGAACUGUGGGCCUCCAUUCAGGAGCUGAAUGAGCAGGGCGAAUACACCUCUGUGGAGCUGCAACCUGCUAAAGACAUCAGCACGGGAGGAGUGUUUCAGCUCCGACAGGGUCACUCCAGGAGGCUACAGGUGUGUGUGAAGCCAGUCCAGAACUCGGGCACUCUGCCUCUGCUGGUGGAGGCUGUGCUGUCUGUUUCUAUUGGCUGUGUUUCUGCUCGCUGCACCAAACUACAGAGGCCCCUCGACAGCUACCAGAGAGAGGUGGAAGACGAUAUGGAUAGUUAUCAGGAGGAGGAUCUCAACUGCAUUAGAGAGCGCUGGUCAGACGCCCUUAUCAAACGCCGCGAGUAUCUUGAUGAGCAAAUCAAGAAAAUCAUUAACAAACAUGAAAAGUCUGAGGAGGACAUGGAGCGGGAAGCUCGGCUGGUGGAGCAGUGGGUUGGGCUGACUGAGGAGAGGAAUGCAGUGCUGGUACCCACACCUGGAAGUGGCAUCCCUGGAGCUCCUGCAGACUGGAACCCGGCUGCAGGGAUGGAAGCCCACAUUCCCGUCCUCUUCCUGGAUUUAAAUGCGGAUAAUCUGACCGUGAACGAGCAGCUGACCGGGCCACACGCCGCCGGCGUUAACUCCAUCCUGCCCAAAGAGCACGGCAGUCAGUUCUUCUAUCUGCCCAUCAUCAGGCACAGUGACGAGGAGGUGCUGGCGGUUUGCUCCUGGGAUUCCUCCAUCCAUGAUUCUGUUCACCUGAACCGGGUCACCUCACCAAAUGAGCGCAUCUACCUGAUCAUUAAAGCCACGGUGCAGCUCAGCCACCCCGCCUCCAUGGAGCUGGUGCUUCGCAAGAGGAUUGCAGUGAACAUCUACAACAAGCAGAGUUUUACUCAGAGCCUCAAGAGAAGAAUGGCCCUGAGGAACAUGCUGUACUCCUGCGGGGUGACUUAUGAAAUCGUUUCCAAUAUACCAAAGGCCUCCGAGGAGCCAGAGGAGAGGGAAACCUUGGCUCUCAUGGCUGCACGUGCAGACAGUGAAGAAACUCAGGAUGGAGAAACCUACAUUGAAAAGUACACCCGGGGGGUUCUGGAGGUGGAGAACAUCCUGAGUCUGGAGAGGCUAAGACAGGCCGUGACGGUGAAGGAAGCCCUCGCUGCUAGAGGGAGACAUUUGAGAAGAAGCAUCAGCACCCCAAAUGUACAGCAUGCAUCGUGUAGCAAAACCGACCUGACUGGCUGUGAGGAUGAAGACUGCAAGAAUCACUACGAGCAUGUGGACAACACCUGCUGUCACCCUCAGGAGGGCGCCCUUUGCACCACACCUGUCAAAAACAAGGAGAAUGGAGGCGUGCCUCCAGAAAGUCCUACUAUUUUCAGUGUGAGCCCCUUCAAAGUCCUUUCGCCCCAGCCGCCGAAAUUCCUCAAGUCUUUACUUCCUGUCAAAGAGGAGAACAAGACAAAGAAGGCGCAGGAGGUCCGGCCGCUGCUGGGACAAGAGCAGAGCAUGCGCUCAUGUGUGGACAGCCCUGCACUGCUCCCCUCUCCCUGCCCCUGGCAUCGACCCAGGGCAGGCAGCGAGGGCCACUGCAAGCCUUCCACCCCCACCAGCAGGCAGCUCAGCCUCACACUGCCACACACUGCACAGGACUCCGAUGAGGAAGAACCCAACAUGGAGGUGACUCGGAAUCUAAAUCCAGGCUCGCAGGACCGAAGCAACUUCCAGCCUUACAUCCCAGAGGAAUUUGCAAAUUUUGAAAACUACAAUGCCACCCUGGACAACCAGGAAAGUGCUGGCUCUGACCCGAAGGGUAGCCAAUGCGGAGGUGGAGAAGUAUCCCGAAGCCCCACAACCAGCAGCUGCACCAGUGGCUACUUCUCACACAGUGCCUCCAAUGCUACUCUGUCGGAUGUGCCUUUCAGUGCCAGUGAGAGCUCUGACCGCCUAAGCUGCACCUCCAGAGAGUCCCACGACCCUCCCAGCUGCCCGCCAGGCAGAAGCUACCUCCAAGCCAGAAGUCUUUCAGGAGGCAGUGAAGCCCAACAGCUGCCCCCCUCAGCUCCCCAGCUCGGGCCGUCUCCCUCUGAACCAGUGAAUAUUCCUAACUGCACAGAUCCACUGCCUCAGAACUGUGUCCUCAGCACCAGCCAGGAGUUCACUGACUUUAAAGGAGCUGAUGAUGGUUUCGGGGAGGGGGAAUUAUCACAUUUCACUCAAGAAUGGCAAAAAAAGGGAUCUCAGUUUUCUGAAAAACACCAGGAAAGAACUGACAUGGAAUUAUGUCACACUGACAUUCAGCCCUGCUCUGACGUCGCUAAUGAGACUUCUGUUAAGGAUAAAGUAAUGUGCAAACGUUCCUCCCCUGAGGACAAUGCAAGUGUGUCUGUGCUCAGCCCAGACUCCUCAGUCAAAGCCCCCAGCCCAAGCGCCCCGCUUUUAGGUCCUGCUUCAUCAGCACUUUCAGCAUCAGCACCAUCCUCUGCCAGAGCUCCAAGAGCAGGCGGAGAACCUCCCAUCCAAGAGCCAGCCCAAGGAGACCUACCCCACGGGAGUCCCUGCCCCAGCCCAAACCCCAGCAGUGCUGAACCUUCUGGGGACUCCAGCGGCGAGGAGGGCACCCCUGUAGCCCAGCUUCCUGACUGGAUGGCACCAGGGGAACAGGUUUGGGUGGGGAAGAGGAGGGGAACAGUCCACUAUGUUGGAGGGGUGGAGUUCGCGAAGGGAAUUUGGAUCGGCGUAAAGCUGGACCUGGCAGUAGGUAAACACAACGGCACUGUGCAGGGGAGAGUGUACUUCCGCUGCCCUGCGGGUCACGGUGUGUUUGUGAAACCAUCUCGACUCACCAAAGGGCCGCCCUCAAUGGAGACGGACACCCAGACUCUGAUCAGAUAGGACCCAAAGAAGGACUGCGGAGCAGCAGGGCUCCCCAAAAUGUUACCCAGAUCUCUGCUCUGACCCCAACUCAUUAAAGAGCUGACAUGUUCUGCUGGCCUGGAGGCUUUGCUGGAUCAUAUCGUAGCUGUGCAUUUAACGAGGAUCAUAUCGUAGCUGUGCAUUUAACCAGGGGGUUUUGUAGUUCACUAAAGAAAUCACUAUGCACAGAUCUGAGUUUCAUAUGUGGUCAUAUUUUUAUAAACGACACAGGUUUGAACUCUAUCAUCCACCUGCAUUUCUUUAAGCAGCAAACAUAUUUAUAUAUUUUAUAUUCUUCUAACGAAGCAAUGUGGGAUUUAAAGAUCAGGAAUGUACUACUGUUAUUAUACAUUGAUAUUUACAUCAAUAUAUGUCAGGGCUAACCAAAGAACUACGGUUCCAUAUCUGCUGUUACAUGUGAUGUGCUAUUUUUUUUUUUAUAACAUGCAUUCAUGAUGAAGCUUAGUGCCAUAUUUCUAGGAUUUGCGCCGCUAUGGUGACAUGGAAUCUGCGAAAGCAGCUUCCAAUGAUCCGUACUGUAGUGAUCCCCGUCGAGCAGCAGACUGUUGGGAAGCUUGCACUGGAAGGGACUCCUGGAGCGUUCAGACCGUCUCUCGGACGGGUGAAAAAAACGAGUAAAUGAAGACUUGUGUGUGGCCUCUCCAAUCAAGUAUAGAAAGGCAAAGCGUUGGAGAAAUGGAUGCCUUAACGUCAGGUUUGCUCAUCAAGGCACAUAAAACCCAGACCGCUCGGUGACGACGCCACUGAGUCACAAACUGUUUGGACCUGUGUUCAGAAUCCUUCUGCGUUGUUGACUGAAGAACUGAAUCCCUUUUUUUAACUGAGUGUUAAAAAGGUUGUAGGUUAUUUUCAGCUGCAGGACUGAAAAAACAUCUAAUAGUAUCAGAAUGUUGCUGCAAACUACUUGUAAUGAGAGAACGAUUUGUCCUAUGAGCUUUCUUUUUAUGGAAGUGAUGAACUGUGGAGCUGACUAGACAUAGUUAAAUAUUUGAGCUAAAAUCUCAAGUAAAAAGAAAGAAACCCUGAGACCUUACUUUAUAGAAGAAAACUAAGCUGCUCUCCUCACAAGGAGCUGUAAAUAGAAAUGUAUUUGAACAUAGUAUUUACACUUUUUAUGUACAGUAUUGUAUUUAUGAUCUACCUGUUUUAAUGGGUAUUAAAUGUUCUAGAAUAGAACAUUUACAAUCAAA